CAACUGCGUACUUAGACUUCAUAAUGUGUGCCGACGAAUUCCAACACAAGAGUAAACAAAAUUCUGGAAGCCUCCUGCACCAAAGUGACGCCAAAACCUUUGAUAGUUGCUGCGCGCGAGCCCGCAGUGCUUCGCCUUCAAAGAGGAACGACAUAACCGACCUGCAAACCCACUAGGCGUGACUACCGGUGAAGAGUGUUUGAGCAUCCAACAUCCACAACGCUUGAGGCCAAUGUCGCUUUACACCCGCCCAGACGGGGGCGCCCGCUCCAUCUCCAUGCGUGAGCUGGCGUCAAUGCCCUUCGACAGCCUGGUGUCGGCGGUAGCGCCCAUGGAGCUGGCAGAUCCGUAUGCGCUACGGGCACGCGGCCCCCCACCGGCGGCCCCACUUCGGGACAGGACCUCUUGCUCGGGACUGGGCCCCGGCACACCGCACCACGCCCCGCUACCCAAUGCUGCCGCAGCGUCCCAACACGAGGACCACCAACACGCCCGAAGCCCCCAGAUCCGCCACCAGGAUAACGGUGACGGUGGACGGGUCAGCCCCAUGCGGCGACAGCCCUGCUCCACAUCAGGCGCGUCGGCUAGAGGAGAAGGCGAAGGCGAAGGGAGCAGAAGUGGCCGGCGAUUCCGUGGUUUUCGCGAGCGCUCUAGUGGCGCGAGGAGCUUUGGAGGCGGCACGGGCUGGGCGGGUGGUGGCAGCAUCCUGGAUGGCCUGCACUUGCCUCCACUGGAUGCACAGGCCCACCGGGGACCCGGCCAGGGAAGGUCACUGUCCGCAACCACAGACACCCACGACAGGUUCGCGGCCCCGGUGCCAGCCGCUGCAAUGGCAGCAGCAGCGGCGCCAGUGGCCGAGGGUCUGCUGAGUCAGCACAUGCGACUGAGGCGUGAAGGCUCACUGCUGAGUGCGCUGGCGGGGGCCGACGCGCUGCAGCAGCUGGUGGCCGAGCUGGAGGCGGCGGGUGCAGGCCUGGGUGGGCUGCUGGUGCCCCGGGUGCUGCUGAGGAGGUCCGCCAGUGUGGGCCGGCAGCGACCUAGCAGCCAUGCAGGCGACACUGCUGGCGGCUGGCCAACAGGCGACUUGGGAGGCGGCACACACCAUGCGGCGCCGCCCAGUUCCCGGCCGCGGGUGGUGGUGGAUGAGGACGGCUGGCAGGUGCCACCUCCGGAGCUGCUGCGCCAGGCGCCAGGGGCUGCAGCCAGGGAGCGGGACGAACUGGGCGCGGGCGGGCGGUGGCCUCAGCGGCGCAGCGCCUCCACCGGCCGCCACCCGCGGCUAGGCCGCAAUCGGGGCGGCGGCAUCAGCGGCGGCGAGGACGACUGGCCCUUCAGUGCAGGCGGUGUGGGCGGCAUGGGUAUGGGCGGGCUGUUCCACAUGCCCCUGAUGCCGCUGGGUGCACUGAGGGACAUGUUGGGUGGCCUAGGCGGUCUGGAGAUGGGCCUACUAGGCCUGGAGCCAGUGCUGCUGCCGCACGGCCUGUCGGCUGCAGACGGCGCCAGUGGCGGUAUGGGCUUGCGGCCCCACAACGCUAGUGGCCGUUAUCCCAGCGGCACGGCGGGUAAUGGCGGUGACGGCUAUGAGGCGCUGGUGGCGCUGGACGAGGGCCGUGUGAAGCGCGUGGUGCGGCCCGAGGUGGUGCGGGCACUGCCCACGCGCACCGCCCGGCGGACUGACACCAGCCAGCAGUGCGGCGUGUGUCUGGAGCGCUACGUGGAGGGCGGCAGCAGCAUCACCACACUGCCCUGCGGCCACGCCUUCAGCACUGGCUGCGCCGAGCCCUGGCUGGGCGGCCAGAGCGCCACCUGUCCCACCUGCCGCUGGGCCUUCCCGCAGCACCAGACGCAACUCCUCAUGGAGCCGCAAUAGGCGGAACAGGCGGGGAGCAGGGCUGAGGGGAGGGAGAGGAGUUGCGGGAAACUGAUGUCUUAGAGCGGAGGCGAUUGGAGGUACAGGAGACUGUGGGCCAGAGCGUUGUGGCCAGGGGCCCCUGGUUGUGGCUUUGCCAGCUGAACGAGUACGGCAUGCGUAUGAUGGCAGAUGAUGGCCGAGGCCUCGGGGACAUGUGCGCUAAUGCGCGUGGGGUGGUGAAACGGUUUCGGCCCUGCCCUUUUGGUGCCUCGAGAUGUUACCCUCCUCAGCCCAUUACCCUACACUGCAUGUCAAGUCGUGUUUGUGGUUAUAGGCACAGGUUAUAUGGCAACCUGUUCAGUUCAUUGCAGCUUUUGUGGCGGGUGUGAAUUGCAGAAGUGCAUUGCUGCGCCUGCGUGCAAGGCGUGUGAGGCCUGGAACCUGGAGGUGGGAACCCGGCAGUGCUAGAAGCAUCCGCGCCAGAUCGGCGGGCCGCCCUUGAUGGCCAGGACCUGCCGAUACAUUUCACUUGUAAAUACAUUACGUA